UUUGAGUUGUUAAUACUUGUAUUUUUUAUUAUAGUUUUUGUUUUCUUACGCAUUCACUAAGUUUGUGUUUCUUCCUGAACUGCAUCUUAGCCAUAUUGAAUUGUUCCUCCUGUUGUGUGUGAUCUAUCCAGCCAGGAUAGAAUAACGUUGAUUUGUUGUGAUUGAUUUGAUCAAUUGAACAAUUAUUGGUUGGAUAGCUGAGUGGUUAUAUUUGUUUAGAACCGCUAUCUUACCUAAUUACUUUGUUUUGGUUUCAAUCGGGCGAGGGCGCGUAUCUAACUCAUCCAGACAGCUGUCCAGCAGCCCAAACGUAGUUUGGAUCUUACAGUUCUAAACAAAUAUUUGGUCGAAUUCGUUUGGCUUUCGUUUCGUUGAUUCCAAUCAUCGUCUCUGGGAAUAUCUGGUCGUUCGCUUGCGAUGCCAAACAAUCGUCGAAGGAAAUUAAGUCCAAGGCUCGUGGAUGUUAAAAGAGAUGAACAAAAGGAUGGAUCCCCUCAGUCAAGGCAAGUGCCUUCUGAUGCUUCUAUGUGUCAUGGUUCAUAUUCUAAUAGGGACGAUUGUAAUUAUAGUGAAUCUAGUUGUGAUAUAAUGGCAGAUGGCAUAGAAAACCUUAAUUUAGACUUGAAGCAAGCAAAAAGCGUAAGGCCUACGGCGUUUUCAUAGGUCCAGAGUUACCAAAGGUUGAGUUAAGUUAUUUCGACGGUCAACCAAGAGGUUACUGGAAGUUUUUAAGGGAGUUUGAGACCUAUGUGGAAUCAAGGGUCAAGGAUGAUGGUCAACGCUUGCUUUAUUUGAUACAUUAUUGUAAGGGUAAAGCGAAAACAGCCAUUGAGGGUUGUGUUAUGUUGGAAGCCUUUUUUGGUUACAAGAAGGCCAAGGAAAUUCUAAAACGGUUGUUCGGACAGGCGCAUGUAAUCGCUCGGGAGACUUUAGAGGACUUAUUCAAAACUACAAAUGUUGAUUACAGUGAUCCUGAGCAACUAACAAAUCUAGCUAUUAGGAUGGAAAAUUGUUCUAUGGUUUUGAAACAGAUGAAGUACACUGCCGACUUAAAUUCUCUAAUUACCUUAGAGAGAAUAGUAGGACUCUUACCUCAAGUUAUGCAAGCCCAGUGGGCGGACUGGGUGGAUGAGUUGACUGAAGAUAAUAGAGAACCAACCUUUGACGAGCUUACUCAAUUUAUAGCAUUCCGCGCGAGAGUAGCUAGUAGUAGGUUUGGACGGUUAGCGAAUCGUCCGAGAAAGGGACACAACUUAAAGACAAAUUGUCACUUGCAAUUGGAGCGGGAGAAUAAUUCAAAAGAGAAAGCUAAAUGCAGUGUGUGUUCCCUGGACCAUGCUAUUUAUAAAUGUCCAAAAUUUUUAGCGCUUACCGUUCAAGAGAGAUGGUCUCACGCGAAGGUUAAUGGCAUCUGUUUUGUCUGCCUUAGGCAAGGGCAUAAAGUUAAUGAAUGUAAGCUGGAAAAACGUUGUAACGUUAAUAGUUGUGAGAAGAAACACCAUUCUUUGCUGCACAGCGAAAGUGAUAAACCUGGUAUCCCGAAUUGUUGUGGAUUUACUAAAUCCCUAAGUAGCCAAGUGUGCUUAGGAAUGAUUCCUGUACGUUUGGUGUUGGGAAAUGCCGAAAUGGUGGGUUAUGCUUUGUUGGAUAACGGGUCUGAUGUAACGUUGAUAAAAUCGAGCUGUUUGAGGUAUCUCGGGUUGAAGGAAGACCGAGCGUCAGUGGUAGUAGAGACUGUGAGUGGUAAUAGGACAAUGACGGUCACAAAGACUCCUUUUGAGGUGUAUUCUCUAGAUCGGUCUGAACAUGUUACGAUCGAAGGGGCUCUGAUUGUCGCAGAUAUUCCAGGUCAUAAGCCAACAAGGUCGGCAGUGAACAACUUAGUUAAAUGGCCACAUUUAAGGGAUGUACCAAUAGGCAACCUAGACUCUGAAGAAGUUCUGCUGUUGAUUGGUUGCGAUGUACCAGAGGCACACUGGGUGUUAGACCAGAGGUUGGGUGGAAGAAAAGGCCCGUACGCUGUGAAGACGUUGUUGGGGUGGACGGUCUUCGGACCUGCGUCAUAUCCGGAAUACAGGAAAAGAGUUGUCAAUCAUACCAGUAAGAUACAGGCUUUGGAGAACGAAAUACGUAAACUUUAUGAUGUAGAGUUCUCUGAUGUUUAUUCAAAUGAUAAAUCAGUAUCAAUAGAAGAUAAGACGGCACAAAUAUUCUCUGACGGUUAUGAUGGUUAUGUCGUAGAUGCUGUUAAGAAUAAUUUCUAUGUUGAUGACUGCUUGGUAUCCUUUCCCACUUGUGAUCAAGCAAAGAGUUUCGUUAAGCAGAUAAGUGAAUUAUUAUGUAGAGGAGGUUUUAAACUAAAGAAAUGGGUUACUAACUCGGAGGAGGUAAGGACCAUCUUGCCCGAUGUAUGUAAAGAAGAGUCCUUGAUAGAAAUGUCAGCGAGUUAUGACACUACACAUCGAACUCUAGGAGUAGAGUGGGAUUUUAAACGAGAUGUAUUCAAGUUUUACUUCGAUGCGCCUGAAAGGCCUCUGACUAGGAGAGGGAUUCUAUCUAUAGUUUCUUCUCUGUUCGAUCCUUUGGGUUUAAUUGCUCCAGUCUGUCUUACUGCCAAGGUUCUCUUGCAAAAACUAUGUAAGUCUCAAUUAGGCUGGGAUCAGCCUCUCAACGAGCCAUACGUGUCGGCGUGGCUAAAUUGGGUAAACUUUAUGCGUCAAAUAGGUCAUGUUACGGUAGAUAGGGGUAUCAAGAAGAGAAUUGACGAACCCGACGCGGAAGUAGAAUUGCACCUGUUCAGUGACGCUUCGGAGAUCGGUUACGGAGCAGUCGCGUACGCUCGAGUCAGUUAUUUGAAGGAACAACCCUACUGUAUUUUGUUAUACAGCAAGUCUAGGGUAGCACCUAUCAAACAGAUCACUAUACCGAGGCUAGAGAUGGCAGCGGCAGUGUUAAGUGUGAGGCUUAGCGAAGUCUUACGGAGAAGUCUGCCUAAUUUUUCUGUAAGGUAAACUUCCAUACAGAUUCCAUGGUAGUAUUGUACUACAUCAAGAAUAUCGAGAAUCGCUAUAGCACCUAUAUAGCUAACCGUCUCGCCAUUGUGCAUCAGUAUACGAAGAUUGAACAAUGGAGUUAUGUAAGGUCGUCACAGAAUCCAGCUGAUUGGACCUCGAGAGGUAUACAAAAAUGUCAGAUCUUGAGCUUUGGUUCAAAUGUCCUACUUUACUGCAUGGCGAAUUUUGUACAGCAAUCACUGACUGUCCGGAACCUACUCCUGACGAUAUUGAGUUUAGAAAAACUGCCGUGGUUAACUUGAGUAGUAUAAAGUACAACAUGUCACCUAUUCUCGCUUAUUAUUCUGAGUGGUUGAAAUUAGUCAGGGCCGUAGCCUGGCUUAGAAGGUUCAUAGAAUUUCUGAUGGUGCUUCGUUCACCGAGUCAUGAAGGAUCCGUUCAUCUAGGGUGUUUAAAGGUCGAAGAACUUGACGUCGCCAAGCGUAAAAUUUUGUUGAUGGUUCAGAAAGAAGUGUAUGGAGAAAUACUUAGUGGAUUUAAAACCAAUGGUAAGGUAGUUAGUCACAAUGAUCUGAAGGGCUUAUCACCGAUAAUGCUUGAUGGGUUACUCUGUGUUGGAGGCCGACUAAGCUACUCAGAUUUCUCAAAUGCCUUUAAACAUCCAAUAAUAUUGCCCAGUCGACACUUAGUGACAGAAAUGAUAAUUAGACAUUAUCAUAAGGAACAAGGGCACACAGGAACGUCACAAGUACUGGCCACGAUUCGAAAAAGGUAUUGGAUAAUAAAAGGAACCAGCACGGUUAAGAGAGUGAUAGGAAAGUGUGUGACAUGCCGGCGGUAUACGAUGGUUACAGGGCAACAAUUGAUGGCACCACUUCCAGCUUGUAGAGUGCAACAAGGAUGGUAUUGCUUCUCAGCCGUGGGAGUAGACUACUUUGGACCCCUUUUUGUCAAAAGAGGAAGAUCACUAGAAAAAGAUAUGGGUGUGUAUUUACUUGCUUGCAAACCCGAGCAGUUCAUAUUGAAAUGACACAUAGUUUGAAUACUGAUUCGUUUAUAAUGGCCUUGCUACGUUUCAUUGGAAGAAGAGGGAAACCUGCAGAAAUUUACAGUGACAAUGGGUCGAAUUUCGUGGGUGCGGUCUCUGAACUAAAGAGAUUUGUGCAACAGUUGAAUCAGCAAAGGAUAGACAAGGAACUGUCAGCUAGGCAGAUUCAGUGGCAUUUUAACCCGCCCUCAUCCAGCCACAGGGGUGGGGUUUGGGAAAGGAUGAUUAGGUCUAUACGUAGACUGUUAUUGUUGAUAACUAGAGAACAGACUUUAACUGAUGAGACCUCAAGCACUUAUUUGAUUGAAGUUGAAAGGAUAUUGAACGAUCGACCCUUAACUCCAGUCGUCCAAGAUGCUAACGAUCAACUAGCCUUGUCGCCAAACAGUCUGUUAUUAUUGAGAGAAUGUGACGGAAUAGUCGAAGAAGGUAGCAUCAGAGAUAAAUAUGACAAACGUUGGAAACAGGUUAAUCAUCUUGCUAAUGUGUUUUGGAAAAGGUGGUUAAGAGAGUAUUUACCGUCUUUACAGAAGCGUCAAAAAUGGUUAGUUGAACAUCGCAAUUUUCAGAAAGGUGAUGUAGUGAUCGUGGCUUCGGACAUAUCGACCCGUGGAAAGUGGCCCUUAGGAGUAGUUGAAGAUUGUAAAAUAGAUGACGACGGAAGAGUUAGAACAGUGGUUGUUCGUACGAACGGUGGAUUAGUCAGAAGAGAUAUACGUAGAUUAUGCCUCCUGGAAGGCACGAAUUAAUUCCUCGCGUAUCAAUGUAAGUAGGUCGAGUAGGCGUACUGUUGUAAGUCCUACUCGUUCCUGUAGUGCGAUAUGUUAUAUAAUGAACCAUGACCGUAGACAUCAAGGUAGCUUGUGUGGUAUGGAGGGAUUUUGGGGGCCGGUGUAAGAUCCAUUUUGAAUGUUUUGUGUGUUUGUGAAAAUCCCUCCAUGUAUAUACUUGUACUUUGUUCCUAUUGAUUCCCUUAGUUGUACAUUGUUGUAUUUUGAUUACAUUUGAGUUGUUAAUACUUGUAUUUUUUAUUAUAGUUUUUGUUUUCUUACGCAUUCACUAAGUUUGUGUUUCUUCCUGAACUGCAUCUGUGUUGUUUUACUUGACACUUGUUCUUGGCGGUAGCCAUAUUGAAUUGUUCCUCCUGUUGUGUGUGAUCUAUCCAGCCAGGAUAGAAUAACGUUGAUUUGUUGUGAUUGGUAAAUUUCUUGCAUCCUUUAUCAACUUUCUUAUUUAUUGUAAUUAGAUUUGAUCAAUUGAACAAUUAUUGGUUGGAUAGCUGAGUGGUUAUAUUUGUUUAGGUAAUAAUGUACACUUAAAUUUAUGAUAAAUUAUAGAACCGCUAUCUUACCUAAUUACUUUGUUUUGGUUUCAAUCGGGCGAGGGCGCGUAUCUAACUCAUCCAGACAGCUGUCCAGCAGCCCAAACGUAGUUUGGAUCUUACACUAAGUGUCAUGCCUUUUUCUUUCUAUUGCAAGUAGACAGAAAACUCAAUGAUCUUAUGGAUGCUGAUCAACUAAGGCCGAUAAUAAAAAGCUUUAAAUGUCCUAAGUUCUUUUAUCUUCAAAGCAGUGUGAUAUACUAAAUAGAUGUCUAACCCAUAAUACAAUUGCUUUAACUACGUGAUUUGCUUGUAACAUGGAACUGGUAGAGACAAUUUAUUUCAACUAUGGGCUUUGAUUGAAGUAAUAUUCGUACUUACCACAAACGUGAGAGAGCCUAACUUCACAAAAAGAGGGAGGGUGGCGUUAUUUACCAGCAAACAUGAUGGUGGGGAGAUAACUUCAGUUGCACGUCACAAUGCAACCUUCAUAAAGCGCGCCAACCAUGAUACUGACAAUACGAUUCUUACUAAGAACAUCUUUAUUCAUAUCUUAUAAAAUAUCAACCUAGUUGAUUAAUUUACUACGAUGAAAAUUAUAUCUUUUGUAACAAUCUGCUCUUGUCUGUAAACUGGAAUGACUCAUGUAACAAACUGUCAUUUGAG